AUGCUUCUGGACGCCAUCUUUGAACCCAAGAACCUGACAAUCGCAGCAACAGUGUUUGCUGUGGGAAAAUAUAUUCAGUUCCUGCAAGACUUCCUGGUGACGGCAGAGCAGUUCUUCUUUGUUGGUUACAAUGUUCAAAUUUAUGUCUUCACCGAUCGACCAGAAGAGGUACCCAAGAUACGGACCACGAGGCCGGUCUCGGUCCGGUCUGUCCCCUCGUUCUCUCGCUGGCAAGAGAUCUCUGCUCACAGGAUGGACCUUAUCCACUCUCUGCUACUCGAUCUACAAUCUUCCACAAAUUAUGUUUUUUGUCUCGACGUCGACUCAAAGUUCCACGGCCGCUGGAGCUCAGAGAGCCUGGGGGAUCUGGUGUCCGUGGUGCACCCAGGUUACUAUGGCAACCCGCGCAGCGGCUUCCCGUAUGAGCGGCGCACUCAGUCUCGGGCGUACAUGGCGCCCUCUGAUGGAGACUUCUAUUACUGCGGCGGUGCCUUCGGAGGGAGUGUUGGCUUUGUACUAGAGCUAACUCGUAUCUGCUCCCAGAACUACAGAGAUGACGAGAAAGAGGGAGUGGAGGCCACCUGGCAGGAGGAGAGCCACCUCAACAGAUACCUAUGGGACAACAAACCGUCCAAAGUCCUGUCUCCUGAGUAUCUGUGGCAGGACUUCAAACCCAGAAACCCUGAGAUCCACAUUGUUCGCUUCUCUGGGGUCAUCAAGAACUACGCCCUGAUCAGACCCAAUGUGUAA